AUGCCUCCGGUUGGUUCUGGGCAUUUACAAGUGCCUCACUUUACCAAAGACGACUAUUGGGUCGACUACGAUCCAGAUAAUUACAAUCUGCGAGAACCUGGAACAGACCUUGACCGACAAUGGUACUAUUCCAGGAUACACCGGGGCGCGUUUGGCGGCAAAGUGGAGAACCAGGCGUUCAUGCUACGACGUCUCAAUCUUGAACGAAAUCGCGACGAAGACGACGAAUGGGGUCCUGUCCGACUUCUGGGUGCAGGGACAUAUGGCCGCGUUGGGCUAUGGGAGAAGCGAAAUGCGAAAAACAUCCCCGUAGACGAAUUGGCCCUCAAAGAAUCCGUCUACGACGAGGCGCAUCCACCUACCCACGAUCCAGAAGUCUCCGACAUAAAAAACAAACCUCGGCUUCUGCGAGAAGCUACGAUCCAGUCUGAUCUCAACUGGAAAGAUGAUCGCGUUGCUCCACACCUGCGGAAGUACAAGUUCAUUUCGGACCACAGGGCGGAUGAGCAGGGACGAUACCGAUUCUAUCUGGAAUUCUGCCGACACGGUGACCUUGACCAUCUGAGGCGGCUUUAUCGUGCUUGGAAUCAUCAUCUUCCGGAAGUCUUUGUCUGGCACGUAUUUCACCGGCUAGCAGUUGCGUGUGAGGCGCUGCGUAGCGGGCCCAACUUUGACAGUCUAGCCAUGGAUGACAGAUAUUUCGACGAUUAUGACCAAGAUGUGAAAGACCAGGGCAUAGUUUGCCUCCACCUCGACAUGAAGCCCGGGAAUGUCCUGCUCGGAUACGAACCCUUCGCGCCGUAUCCGCCGGAUGAGCCUGAGAUUCAUGACUUGCCCGAACCCCUCCUUUCCGACUACGGCAUGUCAGAUUACACUAGCAUCAGCGACAUGAGGAAUCCUUUCAGCUACUGGUGGCGAGGCACCAGAGCAUACAAGGCCACGGAACAAUUAUUCUACGGCGCACACUGGAAGAGUCCGCCCAAUGGAGCGAUCACUUGGAUCCACGACGAGAAAGGCAGACGACUCGACUACAAGCACGCAAGGGCAAUGCAGCGCAAAUGGAACUACAAGAACCCUGCCGGCGACAUAUCCUUUGACCACUCUCUGAAUAUCUACGGCGCCGGAGCGACCAUGUAUGCCGUCACCACACUGAGCAGAGACCGCCGGCUCAUCCGCGUCCGUGCCAAGCAUUACAGCAAGUACCGACAGAAUGGAAACCACCAGGUCUCCAAAGUGCGCACCAAGCUUCCCGGCGUGUACAGCAGUCGCCUACGACACCUGAUCCACCGCUGCAUCGACCCCGACCCAGCGAACCGCCCGAGCCAGGUGGAACUGAUGGAUGCCACCCUCAGAGGCCUGCGACUAGCGGAACGUCGAGUCAGACGCGCCCGCGCGGAAGCCCAUGCCGCUGCUGGAGGAGAUGUCAACGUAACACCCCCGCCCUUGCCGGAAGAGAAGCUCUACUAUCGUGACCACGAAAUCAACGAUCUACCCUUGGGCGAUGCCCCGUUUCACGCGCAGGCCGAUGACUUCGAAUACCUGGUUCGCGACCAGUUCGUGAACCCGGACAUCCCACGUCUCAAGCUCCCCAAGACCAAAUAUGGCAGGUUCCCGGAGGAUUGGAACCGGCCGGCAGGAAAUUGGCGGACCUUGUAUUCCGAAACUAACAGGGAGAAUGUCUGGUUCAAGCCCGUGAACUGA